CGGAGGAAAAAAGGAGCUUGUCCUCGGUUAUGUUUGUUUGGCUUUUCAAUAACUGAACCGGGAAGUGUCCUCUCUUUUUGCCUGCGCGCUCGUGUCGCGCUUUGUUUCUUUUACAGGAAGCUACCCGCCUGCUUUGUCAAACCUCAUCCAAUCUUGAGUUGUAUAUUUUUGAGAGUGUUUGUGCGAGUCUUUAUUCGGGCGUUCGCCAUCGAAUCAAACGGGCUUGAUGUGGUCUGACUCCUUGUUCAACGCAGCAAAUUUGAAAACGAGCGGGAAAUGACCCCUAUACCGAGCUGUUUUUGAAUGAGAGGCAGGGUAGAGCUGGUCACCAGCCAGUUGCAGAGUUACCAUAUAAGGAUUCAUGUCAGGUUAGACAAUGAUUUUCUCGGAAUGUGUAAAAUCUCAACCUUGACAUGGAGGCCGAUAGAAGUAUUUCUUGUUUAAUGUGAUAGGACUUAUGGGGAGGAGUCUCUCGAGCUCUCUUCCGCUUUCUCCCUCCCUCUUUUUUGCUUCUGCACAUGCUUCAGAUCAGACCAUUUUCCAUUUUGGCCUCCUGUAAUCUGCUCCCCCAAGAAUGGCAGACAUUUUGCCACUAGCCGAUCGGCUGUGUAGUGCUUCUGCUAAUGGAAAUUUACCAGAGGUUUUAUUGUUGCUGCAAAAUGGGGCUGCUGUCAAUGGAAAGAAUACUUUUCAAAGGACUGCAUUACAGGUCGUCAAAUUGAGCAGCACCGCAGUCGUCAAGGCCCUCCUGGAGGCCGGGGCUGACCCCAAUCUCCGCGACCCGGUGCUCGGCCUCACGGUUACGCACGACGCCGCCCGCGAAGGCUUCGCGGACACCGUGCGGACGCUGCUGGCUCAAAAGGCAGACGCGAACCUCGCGGAUGAACUUGGGAACUUCCCGCUGCAUUUGGCCGCCAAGCGAGGCAGCGUCGAGGCAGUCCGGGUCCUCCUGGAAGCCACUGCGGCGCCCAUGAAGGUGAACAGUGACGGGCACACCGCGGAGCAGUUAGCGCUUCUCCACGGGUGGAAUGACACGGCCGCCUGCAUUUCCAGCUACCUGAAAUCAGCUCAGAAGAAUUGACGAAGAUUUGGAUGCGCAGCUCUCUUCGUCUGCUUGUUUUUGCUCAACUGAUGAGAACAUUUAGAAAUGUUAAAAAUUCCAUCAAGUUGAUGAAAUUAAGGAAAAACACAAUGUAAACAUUGUCAUUGUUCUAAUUGAUUUAUUUGGAUUGUGCCGCUACAAAUAGACUUCCAAGUUGUUCGAAUUCCAUAUCAGAUUAGAUAUUAUGUCACCAAGCUCUGUAAAGAUCUGGGCUACAAUUGCUGACUGCGGAAAGACAAAGCCCACGUGACGGAGAUAUUUCAUGAGUAUAGGAAUAUAGGAAAGUUAUACACCUUGAUAGAAACGUGCAUGAUCAGAAUGUUAAGCUUACCUUGAAGUUACUGUAAAAAAUCAGGGGUAAAGCAAUACAACACUGCAUCGUUAGUGAUAAAUAAAACUA